GCACCUGAACUUUCAAUGGGUAAACAGAUAACAGGGACAGACAGUCCAAUAUCCUUGGAUGAAGCACAGAACCACUUUAGGGUCAUCACCAUUAAUGAUACAGGAGCAGGGAAGCACUGGUGUGACAAUGAAAUCAGAGCUCUGAUAAAUAUAUGGUCUGAUGAGGAGAUACAGCAAAUGCUUGAAGGAGCAACAAGAAAUAAAGAAAUAUUUGAGGAGAUUGCCAGAAGACUAAUGAAAGCUGGAAUAGAUCGAGACUGGAAACAGUGUCGUACAAAAUACAAAAACUUAAAAUAUGAAUACCGUGCACUGCAAAAGGAAAGUGAUCAGCUUGGCAAUGCAAGGAAGAAAAUGAGGUUUUAUGAUGAAAUUGACUGCAUUUUACGAAGUCAGCCUCCAGAGACAUUCACAGAUGUUAUCACAGACAUGGUACCCCUGAGGAUCAAGAGAAAAGCAUCUGAAGAAGAGCCCUUACCAGUUGAGUUGAAGAAAAGUGCUUCUGAGAACAUAACAGUCCAGUCACAAAGAAGUAAAUCCCAAAGCAUGCAAGACACCAGUAGAACACAGCUGAAUAGUGUCUUCCCUGCUGUGCAACAGGCCCCCCGAGCUGUCGCUUCCGUCGCUGCAAUGGCCCCCAUACGCUCAGAACUUAAACUAGGCAAAAAAAUAAAUGAGGGAAAAACAAAAGAGGUUUACGACUUGCCAAAUCUACCAGGAUGUGUUCUGCUUCAAUCAAAAGACCAGAUAACUGCUGGAAAUGCAGCUAGAAAGGAUCGUAUGGAAGGGAAAGCUGCAAUCUCAAAUACAACAACAAGUUGUGUGUUUCAGUUACUUCAGGAAGCUGGAAUCAAAACUGCUUUUAUGAGAAAGCAUAGUGACACUGCAUUUAUAGCUGCUCACUGUGAAAUGAUUCCGAUUGAAUGGGUUUGUAGAAGAAUUGCUACGGGCUCUUUCCUAAAAAGAAAUCCUGGUGUUGAGGAAGGCUACAGAUUCUAUCCUCCUAAAAUUGAGAUGUUUUAUAAGGAUGAUGCAGCAAAUGACCCACAAUGGUCAGAAGAGCAACUCAUUGAAGUUAAGUUCCAAUUUGCUGGUCUUGAAAUUGGACGAACUGAAGUGGAUAUUAUGGCCCAAUCCACUCGAGCAAUUUUUGAAAUACUUGAAAAAGCAUGGCAACCCCUGAACUGUACUUUAGUGGACUUGAAGGUUGAAUUUGGUGUUAAUAUAGCUACAAAAGAGAUUGUUCUUGCUGAUGUCAUUGAUAAUGAUUCUUGGAGGCUGUGGCCAGCUGGAGACAGAAAACAGCAGAAAGAUAAACAGUCUUACCGUGAUCUGAAAGAAGUGACUCCUGAAGCACUGCAAAUGGUGAAGAGAAACUUUGAAUGGGUGGCUGAAAGAGUGGAGCUGUUGCUGAAACCCCAGAGCCAAGGCAGGGUGGUUGUACUCAUGGGCUCAACUUCAGAUCUUGAUCACUGUGAAAAAAUUAAAAAGGCAUGUGGAAAUUUUGGCGUUCCUUGUGAAUUACGAGUUACCUCAGCUCACAAAGGACCAGAUGAGACCCUGAGAAUCAAAGCUGAAUAUGAAGGGGAUGGAAUUCCUACAGUGUUUGUAGCAGUAGCUGGGAGAAGCAAUGGCUUGGGACCGGUGAUGUCUGGAAACACUGCAUAUCCUGUUGUCAACUGUCCUCCGCUCUCAGCUGAUUGGGGUGCUCAGGAUAUAUGGUCAUCUCUGCGGCUGCCUAGUGGUCUUGGCUGUUCUACAAUCCUUUCACCUGACGGUGCUGCGCAGUUUGCUGCUCAGAUUUUUGGAUUGAACAACCAUUUCAUCUGGGCUAAACUGCGGUCAAACAUGUUGAAUACAUGGAUCUCCCUGAAGCAGGCUGACAAAAAGAUGAGAGAAGCCACUUUAUAGGUGGCUUCUUAACCCAUUGCUCUAUAGCCACCAGAAUUUGGCAUGUCAUUUUAAAGAAAAGAACUCAAACCUAACCAGAAGUUUUUCCUAUAGUUCUUACCAUAAAGAUUAGAAAAGUGAUGAGUUCACAAGUGACCCAAGUAACUGAAGAAAAACUGGUUUUCUGGAACAGUAGAACUUAGCAAAAGCAAAGUGUUAAUCACUAUUAUUCUAGAAUAGUGCUUCUGAUCCAUCUUCUUGGCUUAUUAAACAGAACUGGUUAUCUGUAUUGAUUUGUAAUCUUGUACAGAAUAUGCCCAGCUGGUGAUUCUCCUGAAGUUUAUAUUAAAAAGCUAGCAAUAACAGCAA